AUGUCUUACUUCAACCAAAACAACGCUCAGAAUGUGCCCAUCUACAUCUGCCCCCAAACAUCAACGCAACCUGGGCUAACUUACGCCUCUAAUCAGAACCAACAGUUUGUUCUUCAGCCUAUUGCCAACAAUCAACAGCAACCGCCGCGUGGUAUGGGUCAUCCAAUGCAGAACCCAAUGACAUAUCAGCAUUGGUGGAAUCAGCAUACCUUGCCAAGUGACCCAAGGUCCCCCAAUUCCCUGUACAGGCAGAACCCUCAAGCCCUGGUAGCAGCACGGAAUACCGUAUACGGUCCUCAAGGUGAUGCCCUUCGCGAGGUACCACGGCCGGGGGGGUAUCACCUUGAAGGAGAGUGGCAUGUUGGGUACCUCGGUCAUCAGAUAACCCAACGGCAACAGCGCACUGACCCUGAUACCGGCCCCUUCGGUCUGUCGGUCUGGGUUCACCAAGACUCUCGACCGACUCAGACCACCCAAUCCGACCGGCAGCUCUGGUCUAUCGGUCUGACGAGAAUGGCCGGUCGGUCGGACUGCGGUCUGAAGGUGGUCUGUCAGACGGUCUGUCAGACGGUCGCCCUUUACGCCGCAGAGAUAUCGGGGAUUCAUGUGUGCAAUGUUGAUCGAAAUGGCUACGUUCAGUGGAUUUGGCAAGGGAGGCAGUGA